CGCACCGUGCCGUCGACGUCACACGUCGUUAGCACUCUGGACAGUGAGGAACUCUGUCGUGCGUGCCACCUGUUAAGGGCGCCCGUCCAGGUACCCCGUCGUCCACGAUCAUCGUUGGCAACCACCAUCACCAGCUACCACUACCGCUGCUGUCUUGGACUUUAACCCUUUCGUCAGUUCGGUUUUGAACUCGGUCCCAACAUAACGUCGACGUAAACGUUGGCGGCUCGGUCGAGCCGGAAGUAAUCGACGAGAUCGUCCUUCUUCGCGUCUCUCCUGAGAGAAUUGGAAUCUCGUGCGUCCCUCUCGUUCAACCCUUUCGCUAAUCGCGGGAAGGGAGGACUCCACUCGAGGACAUUUACCUGGCUGGAUCUUCGAUCGGAGAUUUUGUUGAAUUCAACAAAUGAACGUUAUUAAUUUACAUUCUUCCUGCACGAUGAUGCUGCUUGGUAUCUUGGCGUCAACGACGAUAAUCGGCCUCACAAGUUCCGCUCCUUUAUCGUCAUACGAAAGAAGGGACGUGCCGAACGAUCGUCCCAGAAUUUUCCUGUUAAUCGAUCAAAGAGUACCAGAAUUGGAGGACGAGAUGCUGAAUUCAGAGAACGACCUCGGGUCAAACGUGAUGCGCACCAAGAGGAUCGGAUCUCUGUCUAUUGUGAACAAUUUGGACGUGUUGAGACAAAGAGUCCUGCUAGAGUUGGCUCGCAGAAAGGCAUUGCAGGAUCAACGGCAGGUCGACGAGAAUCGUCGCGUCCUCGAGAGCAUUGGCAAGAGAUCGGUGUUGAAUGCCGGAAGAAUUGUGAGAUCCGGCAUGAAGAAUGGCCGCGAUCUGUCCGCACCACCCAACAGAUACGAGUGGAUAGAAGGGGCUAAGGAGGAUCCGUUAUUUCGAGGAUCGCAAGACGAUCGAACGGCUAGAGUACAGGCUAAUGAGCUUCGCCUGCUGUAAUCGCAUCCUCUCCGCAUGCGAAGGAAAACUCCAGAUCCGAUAUAUCUUAGCUUUAUCAUAUGCGACUUUUAAUCGACCAUCAUUUCAUCGUUAAGUUAUUUUUCUUCUUUCCGCUUGUCUAUCCCCAUUUAGCAACUAGUCCGAGUUCUGUCAGUUGGCGUCAGACUGGCAAUUUAAAUGUUAAAAAUUACUGAAUUUUACAACAAAAAUGCGGGCCUGCUAAUUCUUCCUUUCACUCGAGAAAUCGUUUUGCACAGUAUUCGUCCGCUUUUUCUCAACUAUCUAUUUUAAUUUUAGCUUUUAUUUAUUGAGUUAGGUUGUAGUGAUUCACGUGAUAAGAAGCUCUGUGUAUCACGGAAGCUGGCAGGAAUGAGAAUCGCGAUUGCAUCGUUUCGGAGGUGCGACGAUGUACGAUGGAUCGAAUCACGGCGCGCGUAACAUUCCAAAGAAACGUAACCAAAGGUCUGAGCUUUACGUGAGCUUUAUUUCCGCCUUCUUCUGUAUCUAAUUUUCCUCUGACACGGAGAAAGGCGUAACGAAGCAGUAUUAUACAUUGUGAUCUCGUUUAAACCUACCUUCCGUUUCGCAGAGAAUGACCUGACGUCCUGAUCCUUAUAUUUAAUUCUCGCGUCUCCGGCCGCGCUUAUAUUCGCAUUUGUAGAGGACGAUGUAACGAGAGAGAGCAGGAGUCGAUCCAACUUAUGCAACUUGACUUUCGCCAACUAUAAAUGUACAAAUACUUCGUUGUAUUGAUAGUUAUCGGCCCUCUCGCGUCGAUCGUCGGACGUGAGAGGCACUCAUAUGUGUACCUGCAAUCUACAGCUCUUGAACGAAAUCUAUUUUCUGCGUGUAGUGCGCUAAUCAAAAGAGACUAUCCACAAAUUCGCAAAUAUAAGGAAUCGAGUCUUGUAGAAGGAUCCGGAGAUCAGAUAUACCGUUAACGUUAAGAAAGACUAUUAUAAUACACGAUAAGAUUUUCAUUGAUACAAGUACAACAGAUGUAUCCCAAAUGUUAUGAUUUAGAAAAUAGUUUUUACAUCACAAUAGUUUUACGUGUAAUCCUAUUUUUGCUUCCCUCGCAAUAUUGAUUAAUAUUGAUUAUAGAUAAUUGUUUCGUGUUUUUUUUUUACAUAUUUAUUCCUGCGCCAUUUUACAGAAGUACAAAAACGAGCGGUUAUCAAUUGUGCAAAAAUAAAAUGUCUAACGUAAUGCAUGAGAUUGAAAGUUUCGCGAAGAAUGCGAUAAAUAAAAUGUGUAUGCAUUAUUAAAAUAAUUACUCAAUAUGAUUUCAAUGUGACUGUAACAUAAGAAUAUUUCCAUUUAUAAUUGCUUCAAAGCGUUUUAUUAAACGAAGUGUGAUUUCACAAAAUUCAAGACGAAUGUAGUUAUUAAAUUUUUCAACAAUCUAUACAUAUAAGAAUUUUGCAUAUUCAUUCAUCAUUUUUUAAUAAUAAAUUACAUUAUAACUUCAAUUAUAAAAGGAUUCUGAGUAAAGUAUAAACGAGUACGUACACUUUUUUAGAAUGCUUUUUACAUUGUCAAAGAAACAGAUUAAGCUUCACAUAAUAUAAUCUGUCAUUGAAAAAGCGAUGAAUGAAUCUUUUAAAUACGAAUAUGUAUAGGUUGCAUAAAUUUUGUAGUCAUAGGUAAUUAUUUAUCUGAAAAAUGUAUAAUCAGGACAAAUAUAACUAUAAUUAGAAAAUAUGAAAUAGAAUAUAAUUUUCUGGCAUACAAAUUGUCUGCUAUUAUUUAUCACGAUAUUAAAUCGAUGAUGGCUAAUAAAACAAUUGUGUUGAGUUGCAUGUAUAUCAACAAUGAUAUAAUAACCAAUCUUAUUUAAAAUAAAUCAGGAAUAGAUAUCUUUUCCUAUAUUCUUAUGCAUCGACAAAAAGAUGAUAAUAUGGUGAAUAAUAAAUACAACAUUAUUCUUUCGAUUAAUUAUAAUUUCUUUAAAAAAAAGUUCACUUUUUUUUAUUCAUUGCUGAUGUUUACAUAAUAUUUAAUACUAUCACAGUUACAACUCUAAUUGAUUUGUGGUUAUAGUCACAACUGGAAUAGUAUAUCCAGUCAUUCUUAAUGACUAAAGAUAGCAAUUCAUUUCUUUGUAAAUAUAAAGUUUGUUGAAUUAUGUGCUGUACAGUGUUUAUGUCAUGACUAAAAAUAUUAUUAAUAUACAUUUUUCUUUAUGUACUUUUCUAAGUGAAAUAUUAAGAGAAGUAUACAAAAAAUAUUUCUUAAACAGAAAAUGCGCGCUUUAUUAAAUAACUUUUUGUAAGUCACCAUUUAUAAAUUUCUCAGAAUUUUUAAUCAUGCUUUAUGCAUGAAUAAUAUGAUUUACAAAUAUAUUCGAAGAAAAUUUCGAAUGAUUUAAAUGAUUACUAUAAAUAAUUAGGAUAAUUAAAAAUUAUUGAAUAUAUGAGAAGUAACUUAUAGGAUUCUGUUUAAAUAUGUUAAUAACUAAAUUUUUUAAAUCAAAAUUUUAUUAUGCUCCAAUGUGUUAAAAACCUAUAAAUCUUAUAAAAAUACAGUUAAAGGUUAAAAGAAAUUUGGCAUUCACAUGAUUUUCAAAACAAGAUAAUUUUUUGAAUAAAAUCCUGCCGUCUAUUUUUGUACCUGUGCGGUCUAAAAAAUGCAUAACUAAAAAAUCCUUGGGAAAUUGUGCUGUGUAAAAA